AUGGCGGUCGAAAACUACGACAUCGUCAUCGUCGGCGCCGGACCGGUCGGUCUAUGUCUCUCCACGUGUCUGUCGAGAUGGGGGUACAAGAUCAAGCACAUCGACAACCGGCCCGAGCCCACGGCCACUGGGCGCGCAGACGGCAUCCAGCCGCGGUCGUUGGAUCUCCUGCGCAACAUGGGCCUGAAGCGCAAGAUCAUGGAGCACGAGCCGGCCAAGGUCUACGAAGUCGCUUUCUGGGACCCGAGCUCCAAGGGCGGCAUCGUUCAGACCGGCACAUGGGCUAGUUGCCCCAAGUUCAUCGACGCGAGAUACCCGUUCACGACGCUGCUGCAUCAGGGUCUGAUCGAGAGGGUCUUCAUCCAGGAUAUCGAGAAGAAUGGAAACACGGUUCAGCGGCCCUGGACGAUUACCGGCUUCGAGAACGACGGGAAGGAUCCUACAUACCCGGUCGAGGUCAAGCUUUCGCACGUUGAUGGCACAUUGUCCGAGACUGUACGGGCCAAGUAUCUCUUCAGUGGAGAGGGCGCGAGGAGUUUUGUGAGGGACCAGCUCGGCGUAAAGAUCCGGUACAAGGAUCCCAUUGCGCACGUAUGGGGUGUCAUGGACGGCGUUGUCAGGACGAACUUCCCCGAUAUCAAGAUGAAAUGCACAAUUCACUCAGACGCUGGAUCCAUCAUGAUCAUUCCUCGCGAGGACAAUAUGGUCCGUCUCUACAUCCAGAUUGCCAGCUCCACAGACAAGGACUGGGAUCCCCGCAAACAAGCCACAGCAGAAGAGGUACAGGAGAAGGCAAAGGCUAUCUUGAAGCCCUACGAGAUCACUUGGGACCGUCUUGAGUGGUUCUCUGUCUACCCUAUCGGUCAGGGUAUCGCCGAGAAGUACACGCUGGACGAGCGUGUCUUCAUGGGUGGUGAUGCCUGCCACACACAUUCCCCCAAGGCCGGCCAAGGCAUGAACACCGCGUUCCUGGACGCAGUGAACCUCGCCUGGAAGAUCCACCACGUUGAGUCUGGAUGGGCGCCACGCUCCACCCUCUCCACCUACGAGUCUGAACGCCAGCUCAUUGCCGAAACCCUGCUCGACUUCGACGCGCGGUACGCAAAGCUCUUCUCCGCACGCAUCCCCUCCGCUGGUGAGGUCGCCGGCGCGUCCUCCAGCGACGCUUCUGAGAAUGAGUUCAUCAAGACAUUCAAGGCUAGCUGCGAGUUCACCUCAGGAUACGGCGUAGCGUACAAUCCCAACGCGAUCAACUGGGGCCCCGAGCAUCCCGCACAGCACCCUCUGAUCCUGCAAUACGAAAAGGGUACCACACUCCGAACCGGACGCAUCCUCAUCCCGGCAACGGUAACGCGCGUCGUAGACGCCAACGUGGUGCAUCUCGAGCAGGAAAUCCCCCUCAACGGCUCCUACCGCGUCUUCGUCUUCGGCGGCGCCCUCAGCCAGACCGCGACCGCGCUCAAUGACCUCGCAUCCCACAUGUCAGCCCCCUCCUCCUUCUUCUCCAACUUCCUCUACAAGGACGUCGACACAGCCGACCGCUACCACGAGCAGCACAACCCGCACACGUCCUUCCUCUCGCUCGCCAUCAUCCUCAACGCGCCCCGCGCCAAGAUCCACAUUGACCAGCAGCUCCCCAAGAUCCUCGCCCGCUACGCCGACCACGUCUACGCCGACGACGUGUGGGACGUGCGCGUGCCCGACGCCAAAGCCGCGGCGCACGCCAAGAUGGGGCUCAGCGAGGACAAGGGUGGUAUUGUCGUCGUCCGGCCCGAUGGGUAUGUCGGCGUUGUGGUCAAGCUGGAGGAGGGCAGCGGGACGGCAGACGCGCUGAACAAGUACUUUGGCGCAGUGACGGGGAAGAAGCUGGGCGGCGAGCGAGCGAGCUUGUAG